UGAGCUUUGGCUAACUCCAUUGCUGUGGCUGCGUUUCGCAUGAAGAGUUGGGUGGUGAAAAGCUUUAACCUUUCGGCAAGUUCGCUAGUAGGUACACAAUGGGCGCUCUAUAUAUACGCAAAUAAAUGUGUACCAACUUUUCCACAAUCGGGGUCUUGCCAGAUUUUCCUUUGGGCCUCAGCGACAACAACUGGAAGAGCCGAAAAUCGUUGGAAAAGGCGGCGACCGAUCUCGAUGUCUCCGCAAUUAGAUAAUGCUUAAGCUACCAAAGGGCCUAAAAAAGAAAAAGAAGAAGUCGAAAAAGGACCUAGAGCUCUUCACCGAGGAGGAGCUCGAGCAGUACAAGCGCGACCUAAAGGCCAAACAGGAGGCGGCGGCCACCAAAUCGGACGCCGGCGAAUCCGACGGAGCGGCAUCAGACGUUGAAGCCCACCACGAGCCAGUUGCCUCCAAUUCAGGACUGGGAUCGGGAUCUGCAUCGGGCCUCCAGGCACCGGCACUAUCGUCGAGCAACUCACACCAACAGCCGGGAGAUCAAACUCAGGGAGCUGCCGGCGGCGACGAGGAGUGGGCCAAGUUUAAGGCACUCACCUCCGGCGUCGAUAGUAUCCUUCAUAAGACCCAGGACGAGCUCGACCGUAUCAAGAAGGAGUCCUUCUACCAGCGCCUGCCCUCUGCCGCCGAAAAAAAGAAGCAAGAGGAAGAGGAGGCCGCGCGCCUUGAGGCCGAGCGACAGGAGCAGGAACGGCUGCGUCUGAGGCAGAUCGAAGCUCAGCGGGACAAGCUAGCCGAGGCGGUUGUCCAGCUAUCGGAAUCGGAGGAGGAGGCCGGCGACUAUGAGGCCGAUGACAUCUUUGCUACCGACUACAUCGAGGCCAUCACCAGCGGUGAGCUCCAACUAGCUGUUGUCCCGGAUUCCCCAGUCCUCGCCGACGACGGGCCGGAUCCCUUUGACACUGCCUACGCGGAGAAGGUCAUUGUUGGCGCUGAUCGCGCAAAGGGCAACAAGAAGCUAGUAAGCCUUGGGGCGGCCGUUGAGGUGCUCUCCGGUCGCGUAGACCGCGAGCACGCCGUUGCCUUAGCAAACCCAAAGCGUAAGUUAAGGAAGGGAAUCCAGAACCUCCUGCUCAGCGAGAGCGUUGAGCUAGCUGAUCCGGAAGCGGAUCUUCUUGCCGCCGCCGCGAACGCCGAGCCGCAGCAUAAUCUUCUUGACGAUCUCGACGAGGAAUUGCCCGAGUCCUCGGCCCCCAUUGAUCUCAGUGUCUCGCUGCAUUUGCACCUAAUUCAAAACAAGCCUGCCGAGAACGAGGAGGAGCAGGAUCAGGAAGAUCAGCUGCUCAACCCGGACCUUUCCGAGUUCGAUGCCCUUAAAGACGAUGAUGACGACGAGUUUGCCGAACUAGCAGCCGAGUCGCUGGCCAAAAAGGAAGAGGUUACUAUAGUCACCCAGGUUAUUUUGCCCGGCGCGGAGCUGCCAACAGAAGCCUUUGGAGAAGGGAGCUGGGCUGAGUUUGAAGCGGUACCGGAACCAGAUACAGGAAAGCCAAAGCGUCCGCCACCCCCAGUUCGACCGCCGACAGGACCCCACAUCGUACCCGGUGCCAUUUUUGUUUCGGACGACGAAGAGGAGAAUCCGGACGACGAUCCAUUUAACACAAACUUCGCGGAACAGGUGAUCAAGAAGACCACCGUACUCGAGGAAGACGCCGACUUCGAUCCGCGUGCCGAGGAACCAGCCACUGGGCCAUCCUCCCUAGCGGCUCCAACCCACGAUCUUCUCGCUGGAAGUGCUACCGAUCUCAGUCAGGUGGUUCCCGCGCCCUUGGCUCCCACUUUAAGUGUCGACCAGGAUCCGGAGGACUUUGAUCCCUUCGACACCUCGGCCAUAUCUGCAUUAGUGCAGCCCAAGGCCACUGAGUUGCGGUUUCUGGAGCGCGAGCUUCUCAACGAGUCCAGUGGAGUGGGAGGCACUCUUAAGCACUCUUUGAGCGACCCAGACUUUGAUCCACGAGCGGAUCAGGAAACACCAGCGAAGCCGCAGGCGAAAGUAGAGCACAUACAGGCGGAUUUCGACACAGCCCGCCGAAAGUCCUCCUUGAGUCUGAACAUCCAGGCCAAAAGUGUGGGCUUUCUGGUGCCAGCACCGGAUCUCCUUGGAGUGGGUAAUGAGUUGGGGGCCAAUAAGAAGCCACUAACGCCGUAUUACGCACCAACUGGCAAUCCUCUACAAGAGCGAGAGCGUGAAGCCGAAGACGUUGAUCCCUUCGACACAUCUUACGUGCCUGAAGCGAGGCUAAGCGACAUAGAGUUAAAACAUAUAGAAAAGGAUCUGAUCUCAGAACCCUCCAAUCUGCGGCACAGCCUCUCUGACCCUGAUUUCGAUCCCCGGGCUCCACCCACCCCGGUUUCCGCUGAAGUAUUGCUGGCCGUCGAGGAGAAUAUCAACAUCAAGGUCUUGACACCCGCCCAGGAGCGAAAAAAGUUAACUAAUUCCGUCGGAUUUGGGGAUUCGAAAGAAGACAUCGAUCCCUUUGACACCUCCAUUGCGGCUAAUCUCCGACCAGGUCAAACGGAGUUGAAGCUCUUGGAAAGCGAACUUUUGCCUGCGACAGCGACUUUGGUGACCGACGUUCUAGACGUUCAGAGUGACGCGCAGGAGUUGGGUUUUGGCGACAAGGUUCUCACGCCUUCGACGCACUCGAGACCGGCCCAGAAUCUUGAUCCGUUUGACACUUCCAUUGCGGAGAAUCUUGUGCCCGGCGAGACGGAGAUCAAACUGCUCGAAAGUGAACUGAUUGAGCGCUAG